AUGGACUCGGCGGCGCAUCAGACGGAGAAGGCGGAUCGCACCGUCGACGACUCUCGUCAAGAGCCUACAUCGCAGCCUCUGAACGAGAAGCAAGAGCAGAGCAAUGGCCCCCCGACCAAUGGCCAACCGAAAGAAGCCGAGAAGCAGGAUACCAACCAGUCCGGCGACGAUGGCGCGGAUAAAUCGAAAGGCCCCUCGGGCGGCUUCGACACCACCCCUAUACCUUCGCGACCGUCAGGAUACACGCUGAAGAUUACGAUCCACCGUGCGGAGAAUCUCCCUAUCGCCGAUAUCAAUGGCUUCUCGUCGGAUCCGUUCUGUCUGGCGCAGCUGAAUACUGAUACGCCGAAGCGUCACAAGGAGGACCCUUACCUGCGCUUCAGGACACAUACGGUGCGAAAGAACGUGGAGCCAGAAUGGAAUGAGGAUUGGAUCAUUGCGAACGUGCCUUCGACGGGUUUCAAGUUGAAGAUUCGCAUUUACGAUGAGGAUCCAGCUGAUAAGGACGACUUGCUCGGAAAGGUGCACUUGUCCGUUCCUUCCCUACACGAGGGGUGGGAGGGGAUCAAGAACCAAGGCGUGAAGUUACUGGCACACGAUGGGAGUAAGAGGGCGUAUCUGUUGCAAGCCUUGACGACUUGUUUUAGGGAGAACAAGCACUUCCGAGGCUACCUGUACCUCAGCAUUGAGAUGCUUGGCAAAACGCAACCGGAUGGUCAGAAUGGAAGGGUAUACACCGUUGGGCCAUGCAAAUGGGUGCGACAUUACAGUCCGCUCCUGGGUCGCUUGGUCAACAUCAAGGAUCCGAACGCGGACGAUGGCCAGCAACAAGGCGGUAGUCAGCAGAACGGCCAGAAGAAGCCGGCUGAGCAUUACAAUUUCCAGGCCAACCAGGUACAACUCCAAGGUCCUGUUCCGGCGAAGCUGUAUCAUCGCUACGUCGAGUUCAAGCCUUGGGUGUCCCGUAUGUUCACGAGCAGUGGAUUGUCUGGUGUCCUAAUGGGGAAAGCGCUGCAUCAUCAACAUUCCCGGGUGUACAACUUCGGACGCUCGACUGAGUGGGGAGCCUUCCCACAAGGGCCUUGUGAGGAGAUGACCAAGAGGUUCUUGGAGCUUGUUCAUUACGACCAAGGCGGUCGGAUCUUUACAUAUGUGCUCACCUUGGAUGCUUUCUGGCGCUUCACGGAGACUGGCAAGGAGUUUGGCAUCGACAUGUUGAGCAAACACACUAUGCAUAGUGACGUGAGCAUAUACAUCGCCUUCUCCGGCGAGUUCUUCGUCAGGAGACUGAAGCACGCCAAACAACCACCGCCACCAGAGCCGAUCGAGGAAUCAAGUCAAUCCCACCCACCUCAGCACGCUCCCAACGAAGAACACCCACCCAACGAAGUCGAAGAUGGCCCACCCUCAGAUGACCCCCCAAAGCACCCCAACCACUACGAACUCGUCAUCGACAACGACUCCGGCACCUACCGCCCCAACGCCGACAUGCUGCCCCUUCUAAAAGACUUCCUCGCGCGAAACCUCCCAGGUCUUCACAUCCUCACCCUCGACUGCAACAAAGACGCCGAAAAGCAACAAAAGAUGAAAGCCGAGCAACGCGAACGCAAAAAGAAAGAAGGCGACCACAUCAUCUACACGCAAGGCGAUCGGUCGAGUUCGAUAUCUUCCUCGGAUGAGGAGGAGCUCGAUCACAUCCAGGCGGGGCUGCUGGAUGAGAAUGCUUUAAGCCAUGAGCAUGGCGCGAUGAGCCAGGCGCGCAAGGACGCCAAGUUGAGGAAUAAAGCCAGACUGGGCAAGUGGAAGCAGGAUUAUCUGGCCGGCAAGAGGAGUGAUGCGCCGCCGCCUGAGGCGGAUGAGGAGGAUGCGCCGGCGCCGGUGCAGGCUUCUUCGGCGAAUGCUUCGUGA